AUGGCGGCGGCGGCCGGGCCCGGGGCCUCCCUGUCCCCGCGCCCCGGCGACAGCGACCCGGCCACCCCCGGAGCGCCGUCCCCCCAGGACGACAAUGAAGACCACUCCAGCGACGGCGCGCAGCCCCCCAAGAGGCGGCGGAUGGGCUCGGGCGACAGCUCCCGGAGCUGUGAGGCGGCCAGCCAGGACCUGGGCUUCAGCUACUACCCGGCGGAGAACCUCAUUGAGUACAAGUGGCCGCCCGACGAGUCCGGCGAGUACUACAUGCUGCAGGAGCAGGUCAGCGAGUACCUGGGCGUGACCUCCUUCAAGCGCAAGUACCCAGAUUUAGAGCGACGCGAUUUGUCUCAUAAGGAGAAACUCUACCUGAGAGAGCUGAACGUCAUCACCGAGACUCAGUGCACCCUAGGCCUGACGGCGCUGCGCAGCGAUGAGGUGAUUGACCUGAUGAUCAAGGAGUACCCCGCCAAGCACGCCGAGUACUCAGCCAUCCUGCAAGAGCGGGAGCGCCAGCGCAUCACCGACCACUACAAGGAGUACUCGCAAAUGCAGCAGCAGAACACCCAGAAAGUCGAGGCCAGCAAAGUGCCCGAGUACAUCAAGAAAGCGGCCAAGAAGGCAGCGGAAUUCAACAGCAACCUGAACCGGGAGCGCAUGGAGGAGCGCCGGGCCUAUUUCGACCUGCAGACACACGUCAUCCAGGUGCCGCGGGGCCGGUUCAGGGUUCUGCCCACAGGGCGCACCAAGGUCAGCUCGUACCCCGUGGCGCUCAUCCCCGGCCAGUUCCAGGAGUACUACAAAAGGUAUUCGCCGGACGAGCUGCGCUACUUGCCGCUGAACACGGCGCUCUACGAGCCCCCCCUGGACCCUGAGCUCCCCGCUCUGGACAGCGACGGCGACUCGGACGAUGCUGAGGAUGGGCGCGGCGACGAGAAGCGGAAGAGCAAGGGCGCUUCGGGCAGCUCCGCUGGCAGCGUGUCCGAGGGGGACGGCCUUCCGGACGGCCAGGAGGAGCCCUUCCAGGGACGACAGAGGCCCAAGGAUAAGGCCGCAACGCCAAGGAAAGACGCUGCCAAGCGUUCUGUACUGUCCAAGUCAGUGCCCGGGUACAAGCCAAAGGCCAUUCCAAAUGCUAUAUGUGGAAUUUGUCUGAAGGGUAAGGAGUCCAACAAGAAAGGAAAGGCUGAGCCCCUUAUACACUGCUCCCAGUGUGACAACAGCGGCCACCCUUCUUGCCUGGACAUGACCAUGGAGCUGGUGUCCAUGAUUAAGACCUACCCAUGGCAGUGUAUGGAGUGUAAGACUUGCAUUAUAUGUGGACAGCCCCACCACGAAGAGGAGAUGAUGUUCUGUGAUGUGUGUGACAGAGGUUAUCAUACUUUUUGUGUGGGCCUUGGUGCUCUUCCGUCAGGUCGCUGGAUUUGUGACUGUUGUCAGCGAGCCCCCCCAACACCCAGGAAAGUGGGCAGAAGGGGGAAAAACAGCAAAGAGGGAUAAAAUAGUUUUCUGAUCCCAAUAUUGUAAUACGCAUUUAAAUGAAAUAUUUGGUGCCAGUUUAUUUACAACAUUCUCAUUUUUAUGCAAUAAAGAAUUUUUGAAAUUAACUG